AUGGCCGACCGGAGCGGCCAGAUGCUUGUUCUCAAUAUCAUUUUUAUGACACUUACCACGAUUACCGUUGCCCUCCGCGUUUAUUGUCGAGGAUGGGUUGUACGAUCGUUUGGGGUCGAUGACCACCUCAUGGUCGUCACUUGGAUUUCCUUUACCGCAUACCUCAUCUCUCAGCAAUUCGGUCUUUCAUACGGGACCGGGAAAAGCCGUGAUCUAUUGACUGAUAGUGACAACAGAAAUGCGCUCCUAACGUGGUAUGUGUGCGAAUUAUUUUACGUCUUCUGCACUUGUGUGGUGAAGGUAUCCGUUGGAUUUUUCUUAUUACGCCUGUCAGUCGAUAUGAAACAUAUAUGGAUCCUUCGGCUCUCGAUGGCAUCGACAGCGAUCUUUGGUGCCGCGUUCUUCUUCGUUGGCGUUUUUCAAUGCAACCCUAUAUCUACGUAUUGGGAAAUAUAUCCUGGAUUUGAAGGCCGCUGCAUCCCAGAAAGGACCAUCGUCAUCAUGAACUAUGUUGCUUCAUGCUUGAACUGCAUUGCGGAUUGGACUUUCGGGAUCUUGCCUGGCUUUAUUGUCUGGUCUCUGAAUAUGCCGAUGAAGAGCAGGAUUCUGGUUAUUGGUCUUCUGGGGUUUGCUGCCAUUGCGAGCACAGCCACGCUUGUCCGGUACAAGUAUGUCGAUUCUCUAUCAGAUGGCCCGAACUUUCUAUUUGCCACCGUCGACAUCGCAAAUUGGAGCACCGUCGAAGUCGGCAUAGGCAUUACUGCCGCGUCCCUCGCGACUCUCAAGCCUUUAUUCAAACUUAUAAGCUACAAAGCGGGCCUCACUGAUAGUGGACCAAGCAAUCAUCAUUGGCGGGGCCGGAGUGGCGAAGGUCGUUUCCAGUUGGGUUAUAUAAGAAGCACCAGCGCGCCGCCACCCGUCCCUCCAAAAUCACCACGGCUGAGAGUAAAUAUUAAAGAGAACACCAAUGAUUCUAUAGCUCCAUAA